AGAGCGGGAUUUUACGACAGUUUACAUGACUUGACAUGGGAACCUUCGACUCGGACAGCGCAACACGGAACAUAACACAGUCGGACGGUCGACGUGAAUACAAGACAGAAGCAGCAGAAGAGAAGAAGAGUUCCUUCAAUAACUUUGAAUAUUUUUAAUAUUUCUAACCCGUCACAGCAAAUCUCACGCCAGUGCGGCGGGUGAACAACAUGGAGGACAGGACUUCACAGGGGAAACGUGCCCCUCUUUCCCUCUCCACUCUGCGACUCCUGGUCUCACCGAUCCGGCUGGUCUCAGCAGCGAUCUGGCAGACGGUCCAGCAGAAAGUUGUGGCCGAUUAUGGGAUGCUCGAGGAGUUUGUUACCAUGGUUUCAGACAUUGUUCCAGAGCUUCUCACCACUCAACAAAGGGUACAACUUCUCCUGGGCCUCAGAGCACAGAUGAUCCUGGAGCUGUGUCAGUCUGAAGCUACCGCUCAUUUGGAGCUUGUUCAGCCACAUCUGGACAGAGUGCAAAUGCUCAUCGAGGCGUGGGUAAAAGAGGUUGGUGUUACAAAUACAGAGGUGCCGUGCUCAGAAUUUGUGGAUCUAGUGAAGAACUUGCUGAAAAGUCCUGAGGAAAGGGAACACUUCUUUCAGAACGUUUUCCCUGAAGAGUUUGGUCCUGCGUACAAUGAAGCACUUCACACCUUGAUGUGGAUGUUUCUGUCCAGGCUUGAAAAGUUUCUUCCUCUUCAAACUUUCCAACAGGUUGCCGACAUGUUUGGCAGAGUGUCCUCAGUCCUGGAAGAAUGUAUGGACUCUGUGUCUCGAAACGAGGAGUUCAAAACUCUGCUGCAGUAUCAAAAAGACCUCAGCCAACUGGAUCACAAUGAUGAUUCCUUAAUUGGUGCCUGCAUCAUUUCAGCUGUCAAACUUCCCUCUGCACAAAGAACUGAGACAGAUCAAACACAACCACAGGCCAGCAUCUUGAAUGAUGUACUGCCAUGUACGUCAGACUUGGAGAAUGAAUCUUUACCAUUGCCUCAUACAAUCACAGAAGAUCAAACAAAUUGUACUCCUGGGCAAAAUGUAUCAGCGGUGCGUGAAGAAAAUGUAGGCCUUGUUACAAGUGACGCUGAAGACACAUCCCGUCUUCUAAAACAAUGCAGUGUUGAGCUAAAAAGAGUGGCCACGCCUCCGUGUUCGCAGUCUCGACCUGUGAGACGAAACAGAGGCACAAAGAUGAAAAUGCUUCUGUUAGAAGAGAAAAGAGGUCUUUGUGAAGAGGUCCCUGCUGCCAAUACAUCAGCUUCUAAGAAAACAAAACCCUCCAACAGGUCUCGUUCAGGUGUCUCUGGCCGUGUGGCUUCAAGCAAGGACAUCGAGAACACGUACAUGGCUCCUGUCGAUGCCUGCAGUGACGAUGGCUCAUGGUCUUUCUACUCAGAUGACGGCUCUUGCAAUUGGUCUGCUGGUAAUAGUCCGAGUAUGGCUGAUUCAUGGUCUCACUACUCAGGUGAUGAGGGUUCCUUUGUGACUCCUGAUGGCAGUGAAGGUGAUUCAUUGUCUAGCUGCUCCUUCACGAGUCCUAAAAAAGCAUCAGCUGUGAGCAGAAAGCGGGGCACCUCUGACAUCAAAGCCAACACCCCAAAGAAGACUCGCAAAGUCCAAUGCUUUAUCUGUUCGGAGCUUGUGAAUAUAAGCCUGAGGAAUCACAUGAAAACGCACUUCCCUACCGGUGAUUAUGCCUGUCCGCAAUGCGGCAGCAGGUUUAGACUCUUCUCGUCUUUUAAGCAGCACAUGAGUAGAACCUGCUUCGAGUCCAGUCAGCAGCAGGUAGAUCCGGAGAAACCGGACGAAGUGAAGAAUCUUUACAAAUGUGACACAUGCCAAGAGGCAUUCAGGUACAAAGUUUCACUGAGAAGUCACAAACUGACCCACAACGAGCUCUAUUGCGAUGUGUGUAGGAAGGUGUUGCGAAGCGCAGAAACUUUGGCGAGGCACAAGGCUUCACACACACUGUUUCAGUGCAACCGCUGUGACGAGACCUUCACUCUUUUUAAGCCCUUGCGCAGCCAUUGUGAAAACAUCCACAAAAUGAACAGGCCAUUCACAUGCAACCAUUGUCCAAAGGUUUUCUCCAAGCUGCGCAUUUUAAUCGUGCACGAGUGGAAGCACACGGGUCGUCUGCCGUACCAGUGCGCUCAGUGUGGCUUGAAGUUCAGAACGGACGGAGAUCUUAUGUCCCAUGAAAGAGUCCACACGAAAGAAAAACCAUUCCUGUGUGCCGAGUGUGGCAAGAGUUUUGCCCAAAGGUCCAACAUGUUGCGGCACUUGAAUUUCAUCCACGGCGAGUCUCGAGAUGAGAAGAAGCAUUCUUGCACAGAGUGCGGGAAAUCCUUUAAAGAGAAAGGAGCCCUGAUAAAACACCAGAGGCGCAAACAUUUAAAGGAAAUGUUCCGGCAUCCCUGUCCGUACUGCGGGAAGAUGGUGUCUGCGUCAACCAUCGCUCGACAUAAAUUAAUCCAUACGGGAGAGAGACCUUUCAAAUGCACAAAGUCUGACUGUGACAGGCACUUCAGGUCAGCGUCUGAAGUGAAGAGGCAUGUCCUCCUACACCAUACCGCAGAGAGACCGUAUAAAUGUGACAUCUGUGGGAAGGGCUUUAUAAAACAGUGUUAUCUCAACACGCAUGCUAAAGUACACUCAGGAGUCAAGCCGUUUGUUUGCCAUAUCUGUGGCAAGGCUUUCCCCAAGCUCUACAGCAUGCAAAGACACAAAAAACUUGUACAUGCAUUUGCAUGAUGUAAAACAGUAAUGAUAUUUCUGAAAAAGGAAACAUAGGCUAGAAAGUAAUGAUUGCCGAAAGCUUUAUCAAACAAAUAAAUUGUACUGUUAAGACAAACAGUGAAUGUGAUUGUCUUCAUACAAGUAUAAAACUGCAUAAGAGAGUACUCUAUCUCUCUGUCUCUACUGUUAGAGACACACUAGUUUUUUUUCUAUUCCAUGUCUUCUUCCCUGUCAAAACCUGGUGUUUUUUGUAUUUUUGUGUAUAUAAUAUUUCUUUGAGAAUAAAAACAUCUUUUAUCAUCUA